AUGUUUGUUUGUAAACAAAAAUUUAUUUUGCUUCUAUUAUGUAUUAUUUUUGUUGAAUCUACUGAAGCUAAUAACAAAUGUUAUGAAGAAGAAAUUGUUGAUAUUGACUUGAAAGAAGGUGUAUUUAAAGGAUCUCCCUUCCAUUAUUGUUCUCCAACUAAUUGUAAUUGGAAUAUUCCCCCAAAAGAAAAUAGUUUUAUUUAUGUUAAGUUGAAAGCAAUUAAGAUGAAAGAUAUGACAGUUUGGAUGUUUAUCAGACAAGAUGGAAUGGUUCAGACCUCUCUUAUGAUAGUGUGCCAUUGGAACAUUAUCGUUUUUCAUCGUCAGUUAAUGGAGGAUUUUUUUUCAAUCUUUCUACAAACUGCAAUAGUAGAUAUGCAAGAUCACACACAAACAUCAACUAUAGAUUUGAAAUUAGCUUUUACCGUAGAUCUGAAGAUAAGUUUUUUGUUAAAUUUUAUUAAGAAUUUUUAUUUUUCAAACAAUAGUACUUAUCAUCCAUGCCCUCAACCUUUUUAUUUUGCAACCAAUUCAACUCAAUAUCUCCCGGCAUUUCGUCUUGGAUUCUUACAGACAUGCAUCUUUUCUAUAAAUUCUACGCAAGAAAUAAGGCUUAAAAUCAACCGUGUUAAUAAAACAUCAAAUUUCGGAAUUAAGGUUUAUGAAACUGGAAGUUUUUCUGAUUAUUAUGAGGAAGAUCAGGAAGGACUGUUGGCAAAAAUUGAGCAAUAUUCUACUUAUGAUGCAUUUCCUUUAAUUAUAACAAGUAGAACCAAAUCUGUGAGCAUAUUAAUUAGUUCAUUUGAUCUGAAUAAUAGUAUAAUUCCUUAUGAAAUUGAAUUUAUUGCUGUUAAGCAUGAAUGUAAAUGUGGAGACAUUCAUUUAAAAGCGGACAAAGUGAAAUGGAAAGUUUUAUAUUCCCCUGAGCAUCCAAAAACUUAUUGUGCUUCAAUGAAUUGUUUAUGGCAUUUAGAAGCUCCAGAAGGCUAUCAAAUAUUUGUUAAUAUUUCAAAAUUUAAUACUGAAGAGAAUCAAGAUUUUGUAACAAUUUUUGAUGGAGUUGACACAAAUCAGAAACAUUUGGAAAUGCUAUCUGGAAGGAUUACCCCGAAAAAUAUAAUAAAAAGUUAUCAAAAUACAAUGACAAUUUCAUUCCAUUCUGAUAUUAAUACUCAAAUGAGUGGAUUUGCAUUAUGGUACAAAGCUGGUAGGAAAUUUUAA